GCAGCCAAGAUGGCGUCGGCAGCGGCCGCGGUAGCCUGAGCGGGAUGCUCGGGACCCUCGGCGGCGGCUGUGGCCUCGGCCGGGGCCUCAGGUCUCUCCCGGACGUGAGCGCUCAGACGCCUCUCCUCCGACCGGGGUAACCCGGACAAAGAGGAGACGGCCACAGGAAGGAGGCAGUGAGGAACGCAGAGAGAGCGCGGCGCCUCCCGCCCCGGCACCAUGGCUGGGCUUAUCAAGAAACAGAUCCUGAAGCACCUCUCCAGCGAUCCCUGCUGGCUGUGGUGGAGAUUGGUGUGCUGUGAAUUUCAUAAUCACCCAAAUGAGUACCAGAGGAGUCUAAGAAACCCUGGCAACUGACUGCUUGCUCUCACCAGGAAUAGGGACCUUUUGUCUGAAUUUCCUGCCCUCAGAUUUACCAAAAAUUUAUCUCCUGACAAGAUAAAUCUAAGUACCCUUAAAGGAGAAGGUGAACUGAAGAAUUUGGAGUUGGAUGAAGAGGUGCUCCAGAAUAUGUUGGAUUUGCCAACAUGGCUUGCUAUCAACAAAGUUUUUUGUAAUAAAGCAUCUAUUAGGAUCCCAUGGACAAAACUGAAAACACAUCCCAUUUCUUUGUCCCUGGAUAAAGUAAUAAUGGAAAUGAGUACAUGUGAAGAACCACGAAACCCUAAUGGCCCAUCACCAAUUGCAACUGCUUCAGGACAAAGUGAAUAUGGCUUUGCUGAAAAAGUAGUUGAGGGAAUUACGGUUUCUGUAAAUUCCAUUGUCAUCCGCAUUGGAGCAAAAGCCUUCAAUGCAUCCUUUGAACUUUCUCAGCUACGGAUCUAUAGCGUAAAUGCAAAUUGGGAACAUGGAGAUUUAAGAUUUACUCGUAUUCAAGAUCCCCAGAGAGGAGAGGUUUUAACAUUUAAAGAAAUAAAUUGGCAGAUGAUUCGAAUAGAGGCAGAUGCUACUCAAAGUUCGCAUCUUGAAAUUAUGUGUGCUCCUGUUCGAUUAAUAACAAACCAAUCAAAAAUCAGAGUCACACUUAAAAGAAGAUUAAAGGACUGCAAUGUCAUUGCAACAAAGUUAGUUCUAAUAUUGGAUGACUUAUUAUGGGUUUUAACGGAUUCUCAGUUGAAGGCUAUGGUACAAUAUGCAAAAUCUCUUAGUGAAGCAAUAGAAAAAUCGACAGAACAAAGGAAGAGUAUGGCUCCUGAACCUACACAGAGCUCUACAGUAGCCCCAUCUACCCAGCACGUGAAGACACCACAGACUUCAAAUGCUCCUGAUCUAAGUGAUGCAAUUGUGAAACUAUUCAAUGACUUUGAUGUUAAAGAAACUUCCCAUCAUUUAGUGAUUUCUCAUCUAGAUCUACACAUAUGUGAUGAUAUUCAUGCUAAAGAAAAAGAAUCAAACAGACGUAUUACUGGAGGGGCUAUGCAACUGUCUUUUACACAACUAACUAUAGAUUAUUAUCCUUAUCACAAGGCAGGAGAUAGUUGUAAUCAUUGGAUGUAUUUUAGUGAUGCAACCAAGACAAAAAAUGGAUGGGCCAACGAGUUGUUACAUGAAUUUGAGUGCAACGUUGAAAUGCUUAAACAGGCUGUAAAAGAUCAUAAUGUAGGUUCACCUCCUAAAUCCCCAACACAUGCCUCUCCCCAGCACACACAAACAGAGAAAGACUCAACUCUAAAAGGGACUUCCAGAACACCUUCUGUGUUAUCCGAACAAUCCAAAGCAAAGUUAAUGUCUAGUUCGGUUGUGGUUAGACUUGCAGAUUUCAAUAUAUACCAGGUCUCUACAGCAGAACAAUGUCGUUCUUCCCCCAAAAGUAUGAUUUCUUGCAAUAAAAAAUCCCUGUAUCUUCCACAAGAAAUGUCAGCUGUCUAUGUAGAAUUCACAGAAUAUUACUAUCCGGAUGGAAAGGAUUUUCCAAUUCCAUCUCCCAACCUUUAUAGCCAGCUGAAUGCACUACAGUUUACUGUGGAUGAAAGAAGUAUUCUAUGGUUAAAUCAAUUUCUGUUGGAUUUAAAACAGAGUCUUAAUCAAUUUAUGGCUGUAUACAAGUUGAAUGACAAUUCAAAAUCUGAUGAGCAUGUUGAUAUUCGAAUUGAUGGCUUAAUGCUAAAGUUUGUCAUUCCUUCUGAAAUGAAAUCUGAAUGUCAUCAAGAUCAACCGCAUGCAAUUUCCAUUCAGAGUUCUGAAAUGAUUGCUACAAAUACAAGGCACUGUCCAAACUGUCGACAUUCUGAUCUAGAAGCUUUGUUUCAAGACUUCAAAGAUUGUGACUUUUUCAGUAAAACAUAUACUAGCUUCCCCAAAUCUGGUGACAAUUUUAAUCUUCUGCAUCCAGUCUUCCAGAGACAUGCUCAUGAACAAGAUACCAAAAUGCAUGAAGUUUAUAAAGGAAAUAUUAUUCCCAAGUUGAAUAAACACACUCUUAAAACUGCUGCUGCCACGGAUGUUUGGGCUGUCUACUUUUCUCAAUUUUGGAUAGAUUAUGAAGGGAUGAAAAGUGGAAAAGGACGACCAGUAAAUUUUGUAGACUCUUUCCCUCUUUCCAUCUGGAUUUGUCAACCGACAAAGUACGCAGUGUCACAAAAAGAGCUGCAGACCUGUAAUCGAGUAUCUCUAAAUACAUCACAAAGUGAAUCUAGUGAUCUGACUGGCCGAUUGAAGCGGAAAAAGCUCUUGAAGGAAUAUUAUAGUACAGAGUCAGAGCCAUUGACAAAUGGUAGUCAGAAACCUUCAGAUACAUUUUUAAGAUUUUCCUCUUCGUCAUCAGAUGCAGAUAUUCAUGUCCUGGUUCACAUUCAUAAACAUGUUAGUAUGCAGAUCAAUCACUACCAGUAUCUGUUCCUGCUUUUUCUCCAUGAGUCACUUAUUCUGCUUUCAGAGAACUUAAGGAAAGAUGUAGAAGCUGUGACUGGCAAUCCUGCUAGUCAGACAUCCGUUUGCAUUGGAAUUUUACUUAAAAGUGCAGAAGUGGCUCUUUUGCUACAUCCAGUAGAUCAAGCAAAUACUCUUAAGUCUCCCGUUUCUGCAAGUGUGAGCCCAAUUGUUCCUGAUUAUUUGCCUACAGAAAAUGCAGAAUUUUUGUCUUCAAAAAGAAAAGUUAGUAGUAUAAAUCAAAUUAGAAGUGUAACUGUUAAUGAUAUGUCAGACAACAGAUCUAUGAGUGUUGACCUUAGCUAUGUCCCUUUGAAGGAUCCCUUGCUUUUCAAAUCAGCUAGUGAUACAAAUCUGCAAAAAGGUAUUUCUUUUCUGGAUUAUUUAUCAGGUAAAAGUUUAGGGAAAAUAAGUGAAGAUGAAAGUAGUGGAAUUGUUUGCAAAAGUGGCUCAGGAGAAAUUGGAUUAGAAACAAGUGACAAAAAAGAUUCAUCUUAUACAGAUUCAAAUAGUGUCUUAAACUACAGAGAAGAUUCAAGUGUGCUAUCAUUUGAUAAUGAUGGUAAUCAAAACAUACUUUCAAAUAGUUUAACUAGUAAAGGAAAUGAAACCAUAGAGUUGAUCUUUAAAGCUGAAGACUUGCUUCCAGAAACAGCUUCACUCUUUGAGAACCUGGAAAUUAGUAAAGAAGAAGCGCCCACAGUUAGAACACUUAAAUCACAGUCAUCAUUAAGUGGAAAGCCUAAGGAACAUUGCCCACCCAAUCUGGCUCCACUCUGUGUUUCCUAUAAGAACAUGAAAAGAAGCUCCUCACAAACCUCAUUGGAUACCAUUUCACUUGACAGCAUGAUAUUGGAAGAACAGUUGUUAGAAAGUGAUGGAAGUGAUAGUCAUAUAUUUUUGGAAAAAGGUAUUGAAAAGAACUCAACUACAAAUUACCAGAGCCCAGCAGAGAGUGCAAAUGCCAGUGCAAACCUAAAGAAUUAUGGUGAAACCUCUCCAGAUGCCAUCAGUACAAAUUCAGAGGGUGCUCAAGAAAAUCAUAAUGACCUGAUGUCAGUUGUGGUGUUUAAAAUUACUGGUGUUAAUGGGGAAAUUGACAUCCGAGGGGAAGAUACGGAAAUCUGUCUUCAAGUGGACCGAGUGACGCCAGAUCAGUUAGGCAAUGUCAGUCUUCGGCAUUACCUUUGUAAUCGUCCAGUAGGUUCAGAUCAUGAGGCUGUAAUUCAUUCCAAAUCCUCUCCUGAGAUUACUUUGAGAUUUGAAAGUGGGCCUGGUGCUGUAAUACACUCUUUGCUUGCAGAAAAAAAUGGAUUUCUGCAAUGCCAUAUAGAAAACUUUAGCACUGAGUUUCUUACAUCUUCUCUUAUGAAUAUUCAACAUUUUUUGGAAGAUGAAACUGUUGCAACAGUGAUGCCCAUGAAGAUACAAGUUUCUAACACAAAAAUAAAUUUAAAAGAUGACAGUCCUCGUAGUAGUGCAGUAUCCCUUGAACCAGCUCCUGUAACAGUUCAUAUUGAUCAUCUUGUGGUAGAGAGAAAUGAUGAUGGCUCUUUUCAUAUCAGAGAUUCUCAGAUGCUUAACACUGGAAAUGAUUUGAAAGAAAAUGUCAGAAGUGAUUCAUUGCUGCUUACCAGUGGCAAGUAUGAUCUGAAGAAACAAGACAGUGUCACUCAAGCCACUCAGACGAGUCCAGAGGUUCCUUGGCCUUCUCAGUCAGUUAACUUUCCUGAGUGCUCCUUUGAGUUUACUAGGGAACAGCUCAUAGAAGAGAAUGAAUCUCUUAAACAGGAAUUGGCUAAAGCUAAAAUGGCUCUUGCCGAGGCUCACUUGGAAAAAGAUGCUCUUCUUCAUCAUAUAAAGAAGAUGACAGUUGAAUAGCCGGAGUCAAAAACUCAAAUUGAAGCUGUGGAGUAGGGAGGUUAUAUUUAUAAUGUGAUGUUACCAGUUAGUAGAAGAUUUUCCUUUUCAAAAAAAAGACAAUAAAAUGAAAUGGAAUGUGAUGAAGUGGUGACUGUUCCAAAGCCAGUUUAGAAAGUAUUAGGUACGUGUGUUACAAUCUUUUGGUUGUUUUGUGUUUAACCCUCUUUUAAGCUGGUGUGAUAUAGGGAAGUCAACACAUACUGUAAAAUAAUUACAUGCCUAGUGAAAAGAGGGUGUCAUUUCCUAAUUUUGAUAUCACAUUAUAGGCAUUUUUUAAAAAGAAAAAUGAAAACCUCUUGUGUUCCCACAGAUUGCUGAAUUUAUUUAUCACUAUUUGUUAAUAAUUUACUAUUAUUUACAAAGAUUCAAAUGCUUCUAGGGCUAAUGUAAAAUAAAAGGAGGCUUACGUUUUAAAUGUUGUUAAAAUUAUGUACUUUAAUCUAUAAUUAGUUACUGUAAAAAGUCCAGUCAAAUUAAUAAAUUAUAUAAAUACUGGGUUUGAAAAUUCUGGAAAGUUAUCACCGUACUGAACUU